UUUCUGAAAAUUGAAAUGAUGACAUUUUGUCCCAAAAUAUUUUUUGUCUUUAUUUUCCGCUUGGUGAUACUCUUUUAAAGCUUUAGGGUUGACUUGAAGUUCAUUUGGGGGAUGGAUUAGGUGGCUCGUUUUGGUUUGACUUUCUAAAAAUUAGGAGGGUGACAUUUUGUCCCAAAUUUUUUUUUCGACUGUUUUCCGCUUGGUGAUUCAUGGAUUUGGUUUUGCUUGGCGAAUCUGCUGUUGGCAAAUCCUCCCUCGUUUUGCGUUUUGUCAAAGGCCAAUUUCAUGAAUACCAAGAGUCGACAAUUGGAGCUGCUUUUUUAACUCAGACAAUUUGUUUGGACGAAGCAACGGUCAAAUUUGAGAUUUGGGACACUGCUGGUCAAGAGCGAUAUCAUUCUUUGGCACCAAUGUAUUAUCGCGGGGCUCAAGCGGCGAUUGUUGUUUAUGACAUUACUAAUCAGGAAUCCUUUGCCAAAGCAAAAAAUUGGGUUCGUGAACUUCAACGGCAAGCAUCUCCAAAUAUUGUGAUUGCCCUUUCUGGAAACAAAGCAGAUUUGGCAGCCAAACGUGUUGUUGAAUAUGAAGAAGCGCAGGCAUAUGCUGAAGAUAAUGGACUUUUAUUUUUGGAAACUUCUGCAAAAUCGUCAAUGAAUGUCAACGAAAUAUUUUUAGCUAUAGGUUUAUUUUCAAAUUUUUUGAAAAAAAAAUUUUUUUUUGGGAUUUUUAAAGCUUAA